AAAAUGUGCAAUUGCAAGAGCAUCUCGGAGAACAUUCAAACAUUGCGAGUGAGAUGUGAUGACCAACACAUUGUAAAUUGGAAGGACCUUGAUUUUGGGGAUGAUGUGCACAAUAUUGUCAGCAUCAAUGCCAGCAAGAAUGCAAUUACUCAUAUAGUCGUGGAUGAUUUUAAGAAUUUUACGGAACUAAAGCGUUUGGAUCUGUCUUCAAAUCUACUAACUGAAUUGGACAAAGACACCUUCGGCGAUAGUUUGGUGCAUGUGGAGCGCUUGAAAUUGGCUAACAAUUCGAUAAGUCACAUAUACGAAGGCGCCUUCGAGCAGAUGCCCAAGCUAAGGCAGCUUGACUUAUCAAACAACCCUUUGGCCUGCGACUGUGGUCUGAUUUGGCUGAUAGCGUGGUCGAAUGCCCGCGAUGUUAAACUGCAGCCAGCGCCCAAAUGCGAUUCGCCUGUCAAUUUCCGUGGCAUGUCGCUGAAGAAACUCAAGGUGGGCAUUGAUUUUCGUUGCGAAUCGUUGCUGCAGCCGCUACUCGAGCUUGUGCCCAAACAAAAUCAGGUUGCCUUUGAGGGCGAUGAACUGCAAUUAAAGUGCUAUGCGCCUCGAGUUGCGAUUGGCGUACCACGCGAAUCGGAGGACUUGCCCACACGUGCUUACGUGUUCUGGGGUUGGUCGGACAAAAUACGCCAAAACAAUUCGACGGAAGACAUAAUAUAUCGAGAUCCCACCAAAGUUUUCAAUGAUGUCAGCUUAGAAACGAAGCAUUCAACGGAUUCGGGCAUCCUGAACUCCAUUCUGCGCAUCGCGAAUCUUACGCAAAACCAUACGGGCAUGUGGGACUGCACACUGCGCUCUCAGCAGGCCAAUCUGUCGCAAUCAAUUGUAUUGCAUGUAGUGGCUAAAGGGACACUUUACUGUGAGACGAUUGUAGUGCGAACCAACAAGGGUGUCUAUCAUUGGCCACGCACAAUGCGUGGCGAGACGGUGGUGCAGGAGUGCGUUGAGGAGCCUACAGAUGCAUCGUUCCAUAGACGAGCGUCGCACGAAUGCAGCACCGAUGGCCAGUGGCGCAAUCUGAAUACCGAAAACUGCGUUUAUGUUAGCGAAACGACACGCAUUUUGGAACAGUUUGCGAAGGUUAAUCUAACCUUGACCAAGGGUCAAAAUGCUCUGGAAAUUGCUCGUCGACUGCACAACUUUACGCACAUACAGACGCAGCUGCAUAAAAUUCGAGAUCCCAUGGAUUUGGAGUUUAUAGCACGCACGUUGCUGAAGUAUUUGGAGCAACUGGAUGGUUAUCAGAACGAGAUUAGCUACUUGCUGUUGGAUAUUGUGUCGCAGCUCUUAACGCUGCCCGCCAAAUUGUUUUACGAUGCUCAGGUGGAUCAGUGGACGGGUCUGAAGCUGCUGCACGUUGUCGAAACAUCGGCUCUACAUAUGGCCAUGGCGAAAAUGAACGCCGAGUCCACAGAUCCCACUCCACUAGCCAUUUAUAUGCGGCAUACCCAACGAAAUAUAUUCGUGGAGUUCUUUAACAUUAGUCUUGAUGCGUUUCUGAGCAUGUCGUGCGUCUGGCUGGAUGCCAGUCAACGGGGAUUUCAGUGUAAUACGUCGAAUGAUACGAUACCCAUGUAUGAAUAUGGUGAUAUAGAUGCGGCCAUACAAAUACCCUACAAUGUGCUCAAUGAGCAGCUGAAGGCGAAUUCAAGUGCGCAGCGUUCUCUUCGUCUAAUGGUCACAUUGCAUCGAAAUGCAAAAAUGUUGCCGCAUCUCAAUCUUCUUUCGAAUACAAGCAAUGAGUUGCUGCUAUCUUCAGCCAUCAUUGGUGCCAAGCUUUAUAGCGGCGAGGGACAUUUAAUGCCAGCCAGUUACAGCUCCAUUGAUGAGGUUAGCACGGAACAGAGCACCAUGGAUGUAGAGGAUGUGUAUCAAGAGCGUAUCACCAUUAUGCUGCGUGCCCAUCCGUAUCAUAACGAUGUUAGCGCCCCGAUACCCGCCUGGUGGGACAGUGAGCAGCAAGUGUGGAACGAGCGUGUCUGCCAAUCGCAUUACCAACAUCGUACUCUCCUCAUGUUUAGCUGCACUCGCACCGGCUAUUUUGGAUUACUGCAGCGUGCUGCCUUUCUGAACGACUAUCGCAGCGAAGAUGCGGGCUCCAGAUUCCGGUACACUCCUUCGGGCAUUUAUGUGGGCUGUGCCGUGCUGUUCCUUUGCGCCUGGUUCAACAUUGUCACAUUUGUGGUUUUCGGCUAUGCCAUACGCAUCAAUCGCGUCCAGCGGCAUGCUUUGGUCAACACAUGGCUGGCCGUCUCCACACUCUGUUUGGUAUUUGCUUUGGGCAUUUAUCAGACGGCUAAUGCACUGCAUUGUCGCAUCUUUGGACUGCUGAUGCACUAUUUGAGCCUCUGCGUGCUGUUGUGGGUGUGCGUCAGCCUCAGCACCAUGUAUAAGCGUCUAACGAAAUCGACGGCUCACCAGCACCGCGGUAGCAACGAGCACGGCGAACAGCUGGGCAAGGAUGGCUUGGGCUUGGGCAAGCUGGAGCAUCGUAAACCCAUACUCGGCGUCUAUCUGGUCGGUUGGGGCAUUGCGCUACUGAUCUGUGGCAUCAGUAGUGCCGUCAAUAUGGCCGAAUAUGCCGCGUAUCAUUUUUGUUUCCUGCACACGCCCACCACACUGAAUGCUCUGCUCGUGCCCGCCAUCAUUCUACUCAUCUUCUGUGGCAUACUCUCGCUCUGCAUUUACUAUCAUCUCGGACAGCAGGCAGUGAAUGUGUUGCAGCAGCAGGUGAAUCAGCGUCAGUAUUCGGACAACAAUACACAGGCGACGGAGCACAUCGAUCUGGACUGGUUGGACACGAAUGGGACAACAACACGCAACUAUCAUAGUGCCAAGGAUGCGAGCACCAGUGUCCUGCAGAUGCAGCACGAACAAUACAGUACAUUAAGUAAUCCCCUGAGCAGCAUUGUCGAUGAUUUUGAGCGCUCCAAUAUGUCGCAUCUACGUGGACAUUUUGUCUUUCUAAUACUUUACGUGCUCGCAUGGCUAUCCGCUGCGUUUUAUGUGUCCCAGGAGGCAAGUGGAACGGCUCCCGUCCAGUACAAUGUCUAUGUGCUGAGUUUCGCCGGAAGUUGCUGUGCUUUGGCGCUAUUUCUGCUGCUCUUCUACAACCUAACCCGCAACGAUGCGCGCCAGGUUUGGUCACAGUAUAAUGUCUGUGGCAGUGAACAUGAUCCAAAGAUUGCGUAUAAUAAUGCGCACGGACGAGGCGGCAGUGGCAGCGGCGGCAAGCUGUUCAGCUUUGGUGGCAACGCUCCGGGUGGUCCCACUUCAGUCUUGGGUGGUGGUGGCGCAGCCAUGAUCAGCAACUCCAUUGUGGCCUACAAGCCCAGCGGCAGCUGUUACGAGGCCAACAACUCGGCGGGCUCGCGCUCCAACAGCCAAUGCUCCAACAAGCAACGCAGCAACAGCGCCCGCAGCAUGCGCAGCAAUACACGAAGCAAUGGACACGACUGUAGCAGCACCACACAACAGCUGCUGGGAGUUGCCAGUGGCGGGGGUGGCGGCCCCUCAAUCAUGAACAACACAAAUCCGCAUUUACAGCAACCAACGUCGAGCGCCUCAGCACAAUCAACGGCAGCAGCGCACAGUCUGAACGUACUGCUCCAUGGUCAGCAUGAUGCUAUACCAAGCGCCGAGAUUUUCUACAAUCCCAAUCAGAUAAAUGUGGCGCGUAAAUUCUUCAAGAAGCAGAAGCGUCUAGCCAAGCGCAACAAUUUCGAGCUGCAGCGACAAACGCUGCCCCAUCAACAGCAGCUGCACAGCCAACACAAUCUGAGCGAUGCCUCAUCGGGCAGCAAUGCGGAGCACAUUUAUUCGAGGCAUCACAAUGCCAUGACCUUACUGGCGGGGGGCAGCAAAGUAAAUAACACAAAUAUACACUAUAAACCGCAACAGCAUUACAAUGAGGUGGCCACCAAAGAGACCAGUCUCAAUCAGUCGGCGGUCGUCGGAGAAAACAUGCAAUACAAACGAUAUAUGCCGCCGACACACAACUCGAAGAUACUGCAGGCGAACAUAUAUACGAAUAUACCCGAAACGUUGACGCCACAGCAUGAGGUGAUCAAGUUGCGAACGCCCUCCGUGCUGGAUGAGACGCUGCACGAGCACGAUGACGAGAUGCUGACCCAUGACGAUGACGAUGGCAGCUCCCUCGACGAGCAUGCGCCACUUUAUGCAAACACCAUGCCGCUGACAACUGAAACGAAUCACAUAUUUCAAACGAAGCCCGCCACAUCAACGCCAAUGAAGUCGCUCAAGGAGCGGGAAAACUUCGCCCAGUUGAACAAUAGUCAGACGGCAGCAUUGCUGGAGGAGAGCGCCGUUGAGGCAAUGAACAGUUUGGGACUGCCAGAGACCCAAAACCUGGACAAUGGCAUUGGGAAUGCUGUGGACGAUGAUGAUGCUGGCGAACGGGAGGGCAGCAUUUCACCUGGCUACGAUCACAGAUCGCCGUUGCUGCAAAAGCAUGAGAUUUAUGUAUCCAACUCGCUGCAGGUGACCAACAGUAUACGCUUGGAUGAGAAUUUUCCCAGCGUCCUCAUACGCUACACCCAACAACAGCAAUCCAAGUCGCUGAACAACAUUAGUGACAUAUUGGCGAACAGUGGAGCUCGGGUGGCUGAUGUAAGCGUCACAGAGCAGCGGGGCAGUGCAUCACCAAUACCUGGAGCAGCUCAGAACGCUUCCUUGCUGCAGGAGCAGCAGCGUCAAAUGUAUUCGUGCAGCAGCAAUAAUCUCUCCCAGAUACAGGCAGCGCACAAUCAUCGCAAAAGGCCCACUGCCUUGUACCUGCACUCACCGCUCUCCUCCCUUUCGCUGCUCAAAUGCACAUCGGCGAAGGAUGGCGAAGGGGUGGAUGUGGACGUUGAGGCCGAUGCGGAUGCGGAUGGGGAUGGGGAUGGAGAUGGAGCAUUUACUUUACCGAACAGUGCACGUCUGUUUUCCUCCAGUCCUACCAACGAGAGUGAUCUGAACUAUCAGAACUCGGAGAUUAGCAUACGCAGUCACGGACUCUACGCACCACAGGCUGACAACGAUCUCAAUCUGACACUCACGGACGAUUUCCGUUGUUACCAGUCCUCGAAUGCCAGUGAGGCAGAUGUCGAGUUUGAUGAUGAGUUUGUCGGCUAUGGAGGCAGCGGCGGCAUAAUAACAGCGGCCAAUGGUGAGGCGCAUUAUCAGGUUGUCACAAACAAUGGGGAGCUGGACGGAGAGAGUGGACAUUGCUUGGAAAAUAUUGAUGAUGAUGAUGAUGAUGCCAUAAACACUUCAAUUGAUGAACUUUACGAGGCCAUCAAAUGUCGAAGUCCCCUAAAGAAUAAGGCGAACACGAAUGGUUCGCCGAGUACCUCCGAUGGAAUCAAUAAGACUGAUGCAUAUUCAGUUGCCCCAACAACAACAGCAGCAGCAACAACAGCUAUACCACCAUCUACAUUAUCAACAAUGAAUCCCUUAGGAACAACAUCAUCAGUUAACCAAUCGACGCCCUCCACUGAGCUGAGGGCCAGCACUCACGAUAAUCUCAAUGAGACCGUUGAAGAUGACAGCAGUCAGAGCAGUGUCAUCUCCUAUAUCGAUCCUAGAGCGAACAACGAUAACAGUCCUAUCCGUAAAUAUCCUAGUUAAACAUCUAUACAUCACAUGCAUACUACAUACAUAUGUACAUACAUAAUACAUGUGACCCACUAAAUCAUCGUAUUAAUUGUGCUUGGCCGGAAGUUUCCAAGUGCCAAUGCCAAAGUAUUCCUGUCGUCAUAGAGCCUAAGAGUGCAUGGUCCAUUAACAUACAUAUGUAUGUACAUACAUAUAUGUAUGAAUGUACAUAUGUGUGUAUGUAUGUGUGUGUGUGUGCUUGUAUAUUGAUAAGUCAUUCGCGAUGCAUCACCCUAAAUUAUAUAUAUAUAUAUAUAUAUACAUAUAUGUGUGUAUCUCAUGUAGUUAGGUUUCUAUUUAUUUUGAGAGUAGAGUUUAAAUUUCAUUAUUUUUUUGUCCACCUCACCAUACAUAAGAGAUUUUCAUUGACAAAGAGCAGAAGCUCAAACAAAGAAGGAGAUAAGCUAUGGUCAGACUGACAAAUAAUUUACCAACAAAUUCUUUGAAUUUUAGUUCGUUAAUUUAAAUCUUAUAAGGAUUCUAUGCUCAUAUAUAGUUUCCAGCAACUACUUUUUAAAAACCCUAUAGAAAUUUGUGCGCAAACUAUUGGCCUGUCUGGGCGUAGCUUUAGUUUCUGCAUUUGUUAGACUAAUAUGUAUUCAAUAGUUUCAUUUUAAAACUGUUAAAUUUAAGCUACUUGUCUAUUACUAGUAUGUACCUU